AUGACAGCGCGCUCAAAAUAUUUUUGCCAAAUACAGGCAUGUAAUAUCAUAUUGAUAAUAGUUGGCCUUAUAGCUGUAGGCCUUGCUGUGAGUGAAUUUUCGGAUGUUACUCUCAGCAAUUACCGAAAAAUUGAUCUACGAUUGAUAAAUUGGAUUUAUGUUCUCGCUGGCAUAGUAGGCCUCCAUGCAGUGUCAUCUAAUCAUGGAAUUGUUGUGGCUAAGACAGUCUAUUGUGUAUCAAUCGCUGUCGCCAUUUAUUCCACAGCAUUCUACUGUGUUACGCUUUCAAAGAUAGUGCACCUGCACGAUGAAUCGAUGCAUGAACAGACCAGCGAUCAAAAUGAAAUACAGUAUGAUGAUGUAAGAGAGAAUUUUACGUCUAAGGUGGUCAUCUGCUCUUUUAUGAUUUUAGUGACAGUUAUUGCUUGUUUAGCAGCACUCGUCGCUGUUGCACUGCUUAACUGCCUUGUCGUCGUCAGCCAACCUGCUUGGCCACAAUACUCGCGUGACCAAAAUAAGAAAUACCGUUCGAAUCGUCUAGCCUUUACUACGUUAGCUGCAAUAAAAUUAUUUUUGGCAUUAUGUGCUUUAAUUUUGGCAAUUUUCGUCGAGUAUGAGCACCAAAUGUUAUCAAGCCGAUAUCCGUUUGUGCUGAUCGCUCUUGAUCACAUCGCUGCACUUUUGACAAUUAUCAGCGCAAUCGUAGACUUGCAUUCAGCUGUCAUCAGCAGGCAACCCGUAGCUAAUUACAAAGUUGCGAUCGGAGUAUCUGUGAUUGCAGCAGUGUGGUGCCUUAAAUCAUUGGAUAUUGGAAUGUACCCCUAUUAUUAUAACGAUAUUCGGAUAUGGCGAGGAGUAAGCUCAAUUACUCGAAAUGGAACUCAAACACUACAAAUUAAUGGCACGAUAGAUCGAACUUACUUGAUCAUUAUCAAUGAAGGUAUUUUAAUGGCAUUAUUUGCAUUGCUUUUCAUUUUAAAUUCACUGUCUGCUGUUCAAGCUAGUAAAUGCAUUCGAUACGAGUAUUAUAACGAAAAUUCCAUGGUCCAAAAGAAUGUCAAUUUCCAGAGCAAAUGCUUGGGGUUGUUGCAUUUUAUUUGGGGGGUGUUACUGCUGGCACUUGUGGUACUUGGAUUGAUCGAUGUGUCCUGGAAUGCAAAUUAUAUCGGCGCUGAUUUAAUGUGGCUUGCCGUCUUAUUCUUUGCUACGGGCAUAUUAUAUGUUACAUAUUCUGGCUCAAAGUUAUCAGUUCAUUUUCUGCUUGGAUUUAUUUGUUUUACAUGCUCUCUAGAAAAGAUGUGCUCAAGUAUCAAUCUUACAUACCAGUCCGCAUCUUAUCCUACCUUUAUUGAAGGUCCUAAAGAUGCAUUUAUUGGACGAUUGAUUCUACAUUGUAUGCAACUUACGAUUCUAUUCUUGGAAACUUUUACAGCAUUAUUUUCGGUUAUUAUAUACGGUAGUGCAUUGAGACAUCGAUAUCGUCAAGCAGUAAAGCAUUCCACAUGUAUGAAUGUAAUAUGGCUUUUGGGCAAUAUGUUAUACGGUAUAGUAUUUACUGGUUGUCAUAUUGCAUUCAUACUUAGUUAUUCGGCAUUUUCUGAAUGGCUGAUCGAAAUUCCUUUCUUCGAAAUGGGCAAUGGUCUACUGGUAUUUGGCAUUGCCAUCUUGCAGGCAUUAUCACUAUGUUUUCCGGCAUUCUUACUUUCGGCGACAGUGCUGAAUGUGAUAGCUGGAUCGAUAGCUUUGUUUGUGAUUAGCUAUGCCAUAUCCAACACCUACUUAUUGGCAACGCUGUUGUUUACAGUUGACAGAUUUCGAUGGGUAAUUGUUGUGGUGGCAUUAAUAUUAACUACUUCUGCCACUAUUGCUUGUAUCGUUUGCACAUUUUGUUCCACAUUUGCUGUUCUUAGCUUCCUACGCGCAAUGCAUCGGAAGCUUACAAGUGCGGCAUCAACCGCCAUUCUGUACGAAGAAAACAACUAUGGUACUCUGCAGACAUUGGCCAGUCCACAACUUCAAAGGUCACCAGUUCGACACAUGGAGGAACAAUCGAUUUAUUGGUCAACAGACGAAAAUCCAUAUUAUUAUCAGACUUCGAAGCGUUACUACGAUCAACCUUACAAGAUUGACUCAGGAUUUUACGGGUAUGCACUCGUCAACCCACAAAAGACUGAUUCACCCUAUGCUAUGAUGGGUGCAGAUAGCAGUAGUAGAGUGGACUCUGGACGAUAUUUUCGGAAUGUUAAUUCUUCCGCUGCACAAACGAGAAUUGGACAUAUUUUCAACUAA